AUGAGCAUAAGAGAGAAGAUGAAGAAGAGUUGGAAGUUCCUUGACGCUGAUCAGAAACGGUUCACCUAUUGGUUGGCUUAUGGUUCGUAUGGACCUCGAGAGGGCUUUCCUAAUGUCUACGAUUAUUAUACAUCAAUAAAGGGCACGGGGUCUCCGUCUGGCACCUCGGUCUUCCCUCCGUCUGGCACUUCGGUCUUCCCUCCGUCUGGCACUCCGGCUUCCCCAGUUUCCAGGAUUCUUCAAGAUGAUUCGUUAGGACAACUUAUCCAAGAGAUCAAUCCUAAGAAAGACUCUCAACGAGAAGCCUUUAUUCUUCAAAAUUCCACUUCCAAGAUAGUUGAAGAAACCAAAAAAAUAGACGCUUUGGAAAUGUCCAAUAGAAAGCAAGAUGUUCCACCAGAUCUUCCUUUCAGGUAUCCAUCUGUAUUGAGAGCCAUCAAUCCGUCAUCGUACACCAUAGCGAGUCGUUUACCUGCUUUAGAUCCGAGAUCUUUUGGCAUAAAAAGACUGCAACAGUACCAAUUUGACCGUAAUACGAAUCCUUAUAACCGGUUUAUCGUUGCUACGUUGGUCGUAUUAACGGUCCUUGCAUUCAAAAAGGAUAGAAAGGUCAACUUGUCCGGGAUAGUUCCGGAAUACGGUUGGAAACAGGAGCAGGAGGAGAUCCAGCAGACCCAGAAACGACAGCAGAACGAGAUACUAAGCCUGAAGCUGAAGAACGCCAUGGAGCAGCAACAGCAGCAACAGCAGCAACAGCAACACCUUCAAGAACCUCGCCGAUGGUACUAUCUAUGGCUCUUCUAA